AUGGAAGGUUUCGAGACGAUGACGUCAGAUUCGGAAGUAGAAGUUGACCGGACAGAAAACGUUUCACGAAGCGUUCGUUUUGCCGAGCAUCGAGAGGUGAGGCGUAUGCCAGCGGUUGAGGCAGAUGAGGCUCGCCUGGCACGGCAACCGUAUUCUCCUCCAAUUUUUGACUGUAAUUUCUCCUUAAAUCUACCACAUAAUGUCAAAUACACAAUAUUUUUCUUUGCUCCCAUGUGGCUCAUCUGUACUUUCACAUAUCAAACUGCUUUGGUAUUCACAUCGGUAUCCGCAUUGAACUUGAUCUCGUCAUCGUCGUCCCUAUUCGUUCUAGUCUUCUCGAUUUGUUUCCCUUCGAAUGGCUCCAGCUUUACGCUCUUGAAGGUUUCGGCUGUAUCAUACGCCUUGUAUAUAACCCUGUAUACUCGAUAUCAAGAGAAGAAUGGAGAAAUCAGCAUUAAUCUCAUGUUCGGUGAGUAA